AGAUUCUGUCUUUCCCCCUGCUCUUAUAAAAACACAUCCAACCCAUUUCAACCCUCCAAUCUUCUUGCUUUUUCCCAUCAACGAAAACCCCUGAAAAUAUAUUCCCCCACCACUACUCAAUCAACAACAAAAAGUAAUCAAAUUAUAAUGGAUUCGAUCAAGUCCUUCAAGGGCUACGGCAAGGUGGACGAGAUUGAACAGCAAGCAUUCCGGAAAAGGACACGGAGGCGUCUGAUCAUCGUCAUUGUCUCCUCCAUCGUCCUUUUAACGGUGGUUAUCGGCGCAGUUGCGGGAAUCUUGAUACACAAGCGCAACAGCUCGUCGCCUUCACCCAACUCGGUUCCCACGGCCGAGUUGACCCCGGCCGCGUCACUCAAAGCGCUCUGCAGUGUGACUCAGUACCCAACCUCGUGCUUGUCCAGCAUCUCCUCCUUGGACACCACCAACACCACCGAUCCGGAGGUCCUCUUCAAGCUCUCUCUACACGUCGCCAUCAACGAGCUCUCCAAGCUCGCCGCCGACUUACCGGCGAGGCUCAUCGCCGGCACCAACGACGCGAAUCUCAAAGCCGCUCUAAAUGUCUGUCAAGACCUUUUUGAAGACGCGGUGGAUCGGCUCAAUGAUUCCAUAUCAUCCAUGGAAGUCGGUCAAGGCGAGAAGCUAUUAACGUCGGCGAAGAUCAACGACUUGGAGACAUGGCUGAGCGCCUCCAUCACCGACCAAGAAACCUGCCUGGACACACUGCAAGAGCUCAACUCCACGCUGGUUGACGAUGUGAGGACCGCCAUGGAGAAUUCCACCGAAUUCGCCAGCAAUAGUUUGGCAAUCGUGGCCAAGAUUCUCGGUUUACUGUCGAAUUUUAACAUUCCCAUUCACCGGAGGCGGCUGCUCGGGUUCGGAGGGGAAUUUCCGGAGUGGGUUAGCCCCGGUGACCGGAGAUUGCUGGAGGAGACCAGCACGACGGCGUCUGCGACGGUGGCGAAGGACGGCAGCGGGGACUAUAAGACGAUCACCGAGGCGGUGGCGGCAGUGCCGAAGAAGAGCGAAACGAGAUUUGUGAUAUAUGUAAAGGAAGGAAACUAUUCUGAAAAUGUGAUACUGGAUAAGAACAAGUGGAAUGUGAUGAUGUACGGGGAUGGCCCGACUAAGACCAUCGUCUCGGGCAACUUGAACUUCGUCGACGGCACUCCCACCUUCAAAACCGCCACUUUCGCGGUGGCGGGGAAGGGGUUCAUUGCAAAAGAAAUGGGAUUCUUUAACACAGCAGGGGCUGCGAAGCACCAGGCGGUUGCCUUCCGGUCAGGUUCCGAUCUGUCCGUGCUGUACAAAUGCUCAUUCAACGCCUUCCAGGACACCCUCUACGCCCACUCCAACCGCCAGUUCUACCGCGAAUGCGACAUUACCGGCACCAUCGACUUCAUAUUCGGAAACGCAGCCGCGGUCUUCCAGGGCUGCAACAUCCAGCCCCGGCAGCCCAUGUCCAACCAGUUCAACACCAUCACAGCUCAGGGCAAGAAGGAUCCGAAUCAGAACACCGGCAUUUCCAUCCAAAAAUCGUCUUUCUCCCCUUUCGACAACCUUACAGCGCCGACGUACCUUGGAAGGCCCUGGAAAGAAUACUCCACCACAGUUAUUAUGCAGUCGGAUAUCGGGUCGUUCUUGAAUCCGGUGGGGUGGAUAGAAUGGGUCUCCAAAGUUGAGCCGCCGAACACCAUAUUCUACGCGGAAUACCAGAAUACAGGGGAGGGAGCAACUGUAGACAAACGGGUUAAAUGGGCCGGUUAUAAGCCCACUCUAACGGCGGAUGAGGCUGCCAAGUUUACCGUGGACUCCUUUAUACAGGGCAGUGAUUGGUUACCACAAACUGAAGUCAAGUUCGAUGCAUCCUUAUGAUCUGACAAAAUGAAAGGCAAGAGAUUAAAAAGGAAAUAACGGAAUAUAUAGAUUUUUCUUUUCGACAUAAAAAUUGUUGUGUGACUUUUUUUUGUUUUUUUUUUAACAUGUUGGCACAAGAGGGAGAGGGGCUUCGAAUUAGUGACCUUCGCUCCGUUAAAUGUGAUCCCAGCUAAUUGAGCUACCUCUUGGGAAUGUGUGUGUAAAACUCAAAACGUUAUA